CAGAAAAAGGCACAGGCUGAAAUUGUAUAAGGAAGAAAUGACAAGUCAUCGAAAUAGUUCUACAUAUAUGGAACAACUGAACAGAUAACAAUUAAUGACAAAUGUCAAUGACUUGGCAUGCAUUAAUGUUGAUACGUAGAUGCAUGAUAAAUUGUUUAAUGUUACAUCAUUCCAAGGACAGAACAAUUUGAAAAAUGAAGUAUCCAGAAAGUUUCAACAUGGGAGAGUCACAGGGUCCAAGAGGCAGAGCAGCCCUUUUAGAAAAGCUGAGGUUAAGAAAGAUCCAGCAAGUUGGAAUACAGCCUACGGAACCUACACCUCCUGAGCCUGAACCUGAACCUCAACCAAAGCCCACAGGUAGAGCUGCUCUACUCAAGAAGAUUCAGGAAAAUCGUCUAAAAAAAGUUGGUGCAGAACCAACACCAGCAGUAGCAUCUUCUAAUGUUGCAUUACCCUCACAAAGUACAAGUUCUACAAAGGAUGUUUCUAAAGUGGCUGAAGAUGUUUCAAAAUUAAGUAUAAGUAAAGAACGUGAAGCAGUUUCCUAUAGAGGUGAAUCGGGAAAAACUCUGAAUGUCACCUCUAAUUAUAUAAAAUUAAACAUUGAGAAAGAUAAAGGUGUAUUCGAAUAUGAGGUUAGAUUCAAUCCAGAAGUUGAUUCUAAAAGUAUAAGAUGUAGGAUGGUGAACCAGCACAUGGCUGAAAUGGGAAAAAUAAAAAUGUUCGACGGCGGAUCUGUACUUUACCUUCCAAAACUACUGACAGAUGAUGUAGUGCAAUUUGAAUGUUCACUUCCAACAGGGGAAGCUGUAGUUAUGGAUGUUAAAUAUAAGAAGAAAAAAAUAAUGGCUGAUUGCCUUCAUUUAUACAAUGUUCUCUUCAAGAAAGUUAUGAGAGUAUUGAUGUAUUCACAAAUGGGAAGGAAUUACUACAAUAUGAAGGAAAAAUAUUCUAUUCCCCAACAUAGACUAGAAGUAUAUCCUGGAUUUGCUGUAACGGCAGAUGAACUAGAAGGUGGCCUCCUCCUAUGCCUCGAUACACAACACAGAGUUUUGAGGUGUCAGAACGUUUACGAAUUGAUGUUAGAUUUACAAGCCGCCCCGAAUUUCAGAGAAAAUUUCACAAACUCCGUCAUCGGCGCUUGUGUAUUGACACGAUAUAACAAUAAAACCUACAUUAUCGAUGAUGUUGCUUGGGAUACUUGCCCAAGAGAUAAAUUUCAAUCGAGUGAUGGAUCUGCGGUUUCCUUUGUUGAUUACUACAAGUCACAAUACAACAUCACGAUAUUGAAUGAUACUCAACCCCUAUUAGUUAAUCGGAAAUCGAUUAAAUCGGCUGAUGCUUCUGGAAAAGUGGAUAGAAUGAUUUGUUUGGUACCUGAAUUGUGUUUUUUGACUGGACUUACCGAUAAAAUGAGGGCCGAUUUCAAGGUGAUGAAAGACGUAGCAGAGUAUACCAGAAUCACCCCCGCUCAAAGGAUGAAUGCACUGCGAACUUACCUAAGAAACGUGGCCAAUUCGGCUGAAGCAAGGCAGAUCUUGAGCGAUUGGGGGUUAUCGUUGGAUUCUGACACUAUCAAGUUAGAAGGGAGGAUAUUGGGUAACGAAACCAUUCUUUUCGGUGACGGUGAGGAGUUCAGAUGUAGGAACAAUGCCGAUUGGACUAGGGCUCUGUCCGAGAAGAAGAUAACUUUACCUAUUGAUUUAAUGAACUGGAUUGUAUUCCACACCAGUCGGGAUAAGAAUUCUGCAGCGAAAUUUGCAGAAACAAUGACGAGGAUAGGAUCAGCACUGGGAUGCAUCAUCAAACGGCCACAGUUGGUCAUGCUUAGGGACGACCGAAAUGAAGCCUACAUAGACGGCAUAAAACAACACGUAAGACCUGACACGCAAUGCUGCGUUUUCAUUUGCCCAACGUUGCGUUCAGACAGGUACGGUGUCAUAAAGAGGUUGUGCACCUCCGAAUUUCCGUUGGCCAGUCAGGUGGUACUGUCCAAAACGCUGGCCAACGAACAGAGAUCUCGCGCUAUAAUUCAAAAAAUAGCGCUCCAAAUAAACUGUAAAUUGGGCGGUACGUUGUGGACGUUGAGGUUCCCGUUCAAGAACUGGAUGAUCAUCGGGAUCGACGUCUACCAUCCGCCCAAGGGUUCGAGGAGCGAAUCGAUCUGCGCCGUCGUAUCCAGCCUGAACGAGAGUUUUUCGAGAUGGUUCUCGAUGGCGGUACCUCAGAAGGGGGAGCUGAGCGAAUUUUACAAGUUGGUGUUCACGAAGUCCCUGGAGCAGUAUCAGAAGGUGAACGGUACCUUCCCUGCCAAGAUUGUUAUAUUCCGGGAUGGUGUCGGGGACGGUCAGUUGGAGCAUUGCAAAAGGCUGGAGAUACCCCAGUUCGAAGAUACUCUGAAACAGUUUCAACUGGACGUUAAGAUUUGUUUUGUUAUCGUCCAAAAAAGGACCAACACUAGGAUAUUUCUGCACAAUAAUCAGGGUUUCGAGAAUCCGGAACCCGGUUCUGUGGUUGAUCACAGUAUUACUCGUAAAUAUCACUCCGAUUUCUUUUUAGUACCUCAAAAUGUAAGGCAGGGAACUGUUAAUCCCACGCAUUAUAUUGUUCUGCACGAUACGUGCAACUUUAAGCCCGAUCAUGUCCAAAGGUUGGCUUUCAAAUUAUGCCAUUUGUAUUAUAAUUGGUCGGGAACAGUCCGAGUUCCUGCCCCUUGUCAGUACGCUCACAAACUGGCUCAACUAUACGGGCAACAUAUCAAUAAACCCGUUGCACCAGAGUUGGCCGAUAAAUUAUAUUACUUGUAAUUUAAUAUAUUUUUUUCACUAUGUUUGAUUCAACAUUCGAUUUUCUUGAAUGCCUUAAAAUUUUUGACUGAAAUUCUAUUUUUAGAAAAGUGUUUUAUUUUGUUACGAAUUUUAGAAGAGACUUAAGAAAAUGCAUUUUAAUAUGUAUGAAAUAUGAAAUAAAUAUUUCGUUUGUGCUUUAACGAUGUGAGCCCAUUUCAUCUCAUUAUGUAGUAUAUUUGUCUUGUUUACAGAGAUUAAGAAACUAAGACUGAUGUAUUAUUUCGCUUCAGUCUUUGUUUCAGAUAUAUGAUUUGUCUCUUUUACGUUCCCGAAUGAGACAUAUCGUGUUACAAUUUCUUUAGAGGAAUAUUCCAUUAAUUUGUAUUAUAUAACUACCACUGUUAUGAAUGUAUGCGAUGUUCAACUUGAUAGUUUAUUUUUUAUUAAAUUUUCACGUUUGU